GACGUAACGAGCUUGGGUUUCCCCCAGCGUCGGGAACAUGGAUGAGAAAUCCAACAAGCUGCUGCUGGCUUUGGUGAUGUUCUUCCUCUUUGCCGUGAUCGUCCUCCAAUACGUGUGCCCCGGGACAGAAUGCCAGCUCCUCCGCCUGAAGGCGUUCAGCUCCCCGGUGCCGGACCCGUACCGCUCGGAGGACGAGAGCUCCUCCAGGUUCGUGCCCCGCUACAAUUUCAGCCGCGGCGACCUCUUGCGCAAGGUAGACUUCGACAUCAAGGGCGAUGACCUGAUCGUGUUCCUGCACAUCCAGAAGACCGGGGGCACCACUUUCGGUCGGCACCUGGUGCGCAACAUCCAGCUGGAGCAGCCGUGCGAGUGCCGCGUGGGUCAGAAGAAAUGCACUUGCCACCGGCCGGGUAAGCGGGAGACCUGGCUCUUCUCCAGGUUCUCCACGGGCUGGAGCUGCGGGCUGCACGCCGACUGGACCGAGCUCACCAGCUGCGUACCCGCGGUGGUGGACGGAAAGCGCGACGCCAGGCUGAGACCGUCCAGGUGGAGGAUUUUUCAGAUUCUAGAUGCAGCAAGUAAGGAUAAACGGCAUUCUCCAAACACUAACCCCGGCGCCAACUCUCCAUCCACAAAGGUCCGGAGCACAUCUAAGAGUGGGAAGAAUUUCCACUACAUCACCAUCCUCCGAGACCCAGUGUCCCGGUACUUGAGUGAGUGGAGGCAUGUCCAGAGAGGGGCGACCUGGAAAGCAUCCCUGCAUGUCUGUGACGGAAGGCCCCCAACCUCCGAGGAGCUGCCUAGCUGCUAUCCUGGCGAUGACUGGUCUGGCUGCCCCCUGAAAGAGUUCAUGGACUGUCCCUAUAACCUGGCCAACAACCGCCAGGUGCGCAUGCUCUCCGACCUGACCCUAGUAGGCUGCUACAACCUCUCUGUCAUGCCUGAAAAGCAGCGAAACAAGGUCCUUCUGGAAAGCGCCAAGUCAAACCUGAAGCAUAUGGCUUUCUUUGGCCUCACUGAGUUUCAGCGGAAGACCCAAUAUCUGUUUGAGAAGACCUUCAACAUGAACUUUAUCUCGCCGUUUACCCAAUACAAUACCACUAGAGCCUCUAGUGUAGAGAUCAAUGAGGAAGUCCAAAAACGUAUUGAGAGAUUGAAUUUUCUGGAUAUGGAGCUGUACACCUAUGCAAAAGAUCUCUUUUUGCAAAGGUAUCAGUUUAUGAGGCAGAAAGAGCAUCAGGAGGCCAGGAGGAAGCGUCAGGAGCAGCGCAAAUUUCUGAAGGGAAGGUUCCUUCAGACCCAUUUCCAGGGCCAGAGCCGAGGUCAGAGUCAGAAUCCGACUCAGAAUCAGAGUCAGAACCCAAAUUUCAAUGCAAAUCAGAAUCUGACUCAGAAUCUGAUUCCAAAUCUGACUCAGAACUCGAGUCAGGAUUUGAGCCACAAGGGGAACCGGUCCAACCAGAAACGGAACCCAGGCCAGGAGCAGAAUGAUAGCAACAGCAGCAAUGGCACCAAUGACUACAUAGGCAGCGUAGAGAAAUGGCGUUAAGUGGCUGAGAAGCUUGUGCUCACUUCUCCCAAAGCGCCACCCAAAACAAGGCAUAUCUUAGAUAAAAGCGUCCCAACACAUCCUGCUUCCUUCAGUUUGGAAGUUUAAAAAAGUUUAGAUGUUGCCUUUACAGUUGCCUUUCAGUGAAAUGUUACACUGUGCGUGGGUGAAACAAAUCUCAAUAUGUAAUUAAAUUGUCUUUUUCUUUUUUUUGGUUGGACUAUUUAUGAAAUCCAAAAGCCAAACCAGACUCAAAUUGCUGUUUAGAUAUUUUAAGAAGUUCUUAAAUUAGGAAUGGAGACAAAAUGAAAAUAUAGAAUGUGACCAUUUAGCUUAUGGCUGAGAGAUGUGGACUUU